UACCGGUAACCGCCGCAUACUGUAGAACGGCCACGUAUGCGACGACUGUCGACGGUCAGUGCCAGAUAGACCGUAGUUCGACUCGUGAGUGAUUGGCCGCCACCGAAGAUGCUGCGAAAGUGCCUGACAAUCCUGCCGUUGCUUCUGCUCGGCGUACUCGCCGACGAGAAAUAUGUCCUGGAGCUCACCGAUGAGACCUUCGACAGCGAGCUCGCGCGUCACGAGAACACACUCGUCAUGUUUUACGCACCAUGGUGUGGACAUUGCAAACGCUUGAAACCAGAAUACUCCAAGGCAGCGGAGCUGCUCUUAGGUAGUGAACCACCAAUCACACUGGCUAAUAUAGAUUGUACAGCAGCUGGAAAGGACACCUGCAACAAAUAUAGUGUCAGUGGCUACCCUACACUUAAGAUUUUCGAAGGUGCCGAAAUGAGGUCUGAUUACAACGGUCCCAGAGAAGCAUCUGGCAUCGCCAAAUAUAUGAAGUCUCAAGUGGGACCGGCAUCUCAGGACUUGACUAACGAGAAGUCCUACAAGUCCUUCUUGGAUGGAGAUGAUGUCGGUGUGGUGGGCUACUUCGAAAAGGACGAUUCUCCGUUGGCUGCGGCGUAUCUCACGGUUACUAAGAAGCUCCGAGGGAAGGUCAGAUUCGCGCACACCUCGACAAAACAGCUGUUGGAGUCAGCGGGACACAAAAACACUAUUGUGCUUUACCGACCGAAGCAGCUGCACAACAAGUUUGAGCCUAACAACGUGGUGUACGACGGCGGCGACUCCAUCAGCGACAUCAACGACUUUAUCAGUAAGAAUCAAUUCGGUUUAGCUGGCGUUCGUACGCGCGACAACAAGGACGAUUUCAAAAACCCACUAGUAGUCGCCUACUACAGCGUGGACUACGCGAAGAAUGCCAAGAGCACCAAUUAUUGGCGCAACAGGAUCAUGAAGGUCGCCAAGGACUUCCCUGAAUACAAUUUCGCCAUAUCUUCCAAGGAUGACUUCCAACACGAGCUGAACGAAUACGGCAUCGAAUUCGUGAAGAACGACAAACCAGUGGUUCUGGUGCGAGACGCCAGUAACCAGAAGUUCUUGCUCAAGGAGGAGUUCUCCGUCGACUCGUUCGAGUCGUUCCUGAAGGAUCUGCAGAGCGGCACGCUGGAGCCGUACCUCAAGUCCGAGCCGAUCCCGGAUAGCAACACCGGUAAUGUGAAGAUCGCAGUGGCCAAGAAUUUCGACGACGUGGUCAACAAUAACGGCAAAGACACGCUGAUCGAGUUCUACGCGCCAUGGUGUGCCCACUGCAAGAAGCUCGCGCCGGUGUAUGAUCAGCUGGGCGAGAAGAUGGCUGACGAGGACGUGGAAAUCGUCAAGUUCGACGCCACAGUGAACGACGUGCCGGCACCUUAUAACGUACGCGGCUUCCCAACUCUCUAUUGGGCGCCCAAAGACUCCAAGAAUAGCCCGAUUGAGUAUGAGGGCAAACGCGGCCUCGAAGAUCUCAUCGAGUACGUCGCUAAGCACGCCACUGAUGAACUCAAGGGCUACGAUCGCAAGGGCAAGCCGAUUAAGCCCAGGACCGAUGAGUUGUAAGUGACGUCAUUCACGAGGGAGAUAGAUAGAGAGAGAGAGAGAGAGGAGAGAGGGAGAAAGUUCGCGAAGUUCGUUCCCGUUACAUUUCAAGAUCGUACACAUCACAGUUGAGCGAUCCGUUACACGACGUUUACCUUAUGUAACACACAAACGCAGUGGAGGAACGAGCGAGGCGUUCAGAAACGAACGUGAGCCGACAGUUUGUGAGAUUUUCUUUAAACGUAACAUCGUGUUUUUAACACGAAUCUCGAAGAGCCUACAAGGUGUCCGACAGUCUUGAAUUCAUAUUUCGGGCAAAAUUAAAAAAAAAAACGUUAUGAAGUAGGCUCGUGAUAAUCUUAUAAGCGCAAAUUUUUUCCAUUCACUUGAGGCUGGAUCUUGGAAGUGAUAUUUGGGUCGCUGUGUACUCACUUCGCUCUAACUCUGAACGGCUCAAACGUCGUGGGCGCGGACCGCGUAUGACCAGAGAACGAACUAGCUAACUGAGAGUGCAAAUAACACAAUGUUGCCGCGCGAGACGUUUGCAAUAAGUGGCGAAGCGAGGGUGGAGAACAUUCGGGAGUGUGUCCUCUAACAUAGGGAUUGUCUACAUGUAUUAUUGUACACUUUGUAACAAUUGUAUAAGAAUGCGAGGCGAAAAUGCGAGAUGUGCGAGCGUAACAGAACUGAUUUCAGAUUUUGCCCGCGACAUGCUUUCCAGUUGUUUUGACAAACUGCAAAAAUCUACUAUUUUGAGGAGGCGCUACGCGGUGGCUUCCUAUAUCCUCCGAUAAGUAAGCUCCAUUCCAAUAUUGCGUGUUUCGAUUAUAUUACAGAACUAAUCUAAGUUAGGAAGAAUCAAUUUUCGUUUAUACAAAGAACAACCGAAAUAAAUUGUUUUAUACAAAA